AUGGCCCGUGGUUCGCGUUCAGAGAGCUCUAGGGCGGGUGAGGCCGCUGCCGCCAAGGUUAGGCGCGACGAACGCUUGGCAAGCAAUAGUGCUGCUAGCGGCUCCGCCGGGGAGGAAGAGGCAGCGGAGCAAAAUGUUGAGUCGGCGUGGUUCCUCCCGGAUGGGACAGCCGUUGACGAGGCGGGAGGGGGGAUGAGCGGUGCUGCUGUCGCUCGACUGAAGCAGGCGUUCCACCUGCCGGGGUCGGUGAAGCUGCGACCACCGACGGCUGAUGAGAAGGCGUCGAUUCUCCCGACGGGGUGUGCGGCCGUGCACGAGGCCAUAUUCCGCCAAGGGGUGACACUUCCGCUGGUGCCCAAUCUUCAAAUCCUUGUUUGCGAGUUUGGCCUUGCCUUCGGUCAGAUCUGUCCAAACAUGUGGCGGUUGAUGUUGGCGAUGAACUCCUUGUGGCGCUUGUCGGGGUGCGAGGGGCCUACCGUGGCGGAAGUGCUCCAUUUCUACGAGUUAGUAUAUGUGAAGCGCCAAGGUUGCCACGGGCAAGUAAAUUUGAGUCGCCGGCAGGGAGCGCCCAAGCUGAUCGAGAAUCUGAGGGACUCCAUGUCCUAUUGGCGGGGGACCUUUUGCGUUGCUACCGACGGUUGGGAGUACCACGCUAGGUCUAACGAGGAAGGGCCGUCAUUUAGGAUUAAGUCCGAGUUCCAACCUAUUCGAGCGGGACUCCGGUAUACGCUGACGCGUGCAGAAGAGUGCCGGGUGGCGAGGAUCAGAGGUUGCUGGCGGAACCGGAACCUGCUUGACUUCCGCUUGCUAACUGGUUGGGAGUUAUUAGUCGACCUGCGACUAACACGCUCUAUUGAAACUCCGCCGGGCAACAAAUCAAGUCGCGACGCGUUCGAGAAGGCGAUGGAUCGGGCGGAGAUAGAAAACUUUUUGGAGGCCAUGUAUGCUGAGGGACUGGCGGCCCAGCAGACCGUGGUGAACCCGGAGACGUUGGCGUUGAGUCACUCCGAGGUUCCGGUGGAGAUGGCAAUGCCACACCAGUCUCACCUUGGCGAAGAUGGUCUGCCUACGGUGCAGGCGGGGACUCAGGCGGAUGGCGGGGAGAGGGGAACCGUUGCUACCGGGCAGCGGGAACGGAUGCCUGCCACCAGGCGCGGUCCUCAAAAGAAGGCGGUACCUUCAACCGAGACUGCUACCGAGGCCAGGGGCAACAGUAAUACAAAUCAGAUGUUGAAAAUCCGGUUCCUCCAAUGGGAAGAUGGGCAGCAGUAA